AUGACUGGACGUGGCAAAGGUGGCAAGGGCCUCGGCAAGGGCGGUGCGAAGAGACAUCGCAAGAUUUUGCGUGACAACAUCCAGGGCAUCACCAAGCCUGCCAUCAGACGUCUCGCCCGUCGUGGCGGUGUCAAGCGUAUCUCUGCCAUGAUCUACGAAGAGACCCGAGGUGUCCUCAAGACCUUCCUCGAGGGUGUCAUCCGAGAUGCCGUCACCUACACUGAACACGCCAAACGAAAGACUGUCACUUCUCUCGACGUCGUAUACGCGCUCAAACGACAAGGCAGAACCCUCUACGGUUUCGGUGGUUAA